ACAGGGGGAGAGAUGGUGGGAGGGCAGUGGAGAAGAGAUAAGAUACCCACGCAGAGGUGUUUAUUUAAGUGGUGUCAUGUCUCUGGCAAGUACUGACAACAGGGUCCGCCACAGCAGCCUGCGUCUGAGAGGGACACAGAACCGCCGCCGGGAGUUUCGAGAGAAGAGCUUGAAUCAACUAAAAUAGACGAGUGCCGUGCCCUGCCUCGGAAGAGAGGGAUUAGCAGACCUCCAUUCUUUCUCCUUGGUCACACUCACUCGCCUUGCGUCAGGGGAGAGGACUUUGUGGCGGAACGAUGAGCAAACCGGCGACUUUGGCCACUUGCAUUGCCAAGAUGUACGAGGGAGGCAAGCUGGACAACGGAGGCACGCCGGCGGGGCCGGCCAAGAAGCCCAACAGCAACCUCCUGACCAGCCUGGGCGGAGUGGACGUCAAACUCACUGUGCUGGAGGGCAAGAUGGAGCAACUUGCUCGCGGCCAAGCCGAGGUGCUUCGCCGGCUGGACGUGGUGUGCGACGGGAUGGGAACCCUGGAGAGGGACCUGGCACAGCUGAAGAAGAGUAGUGGGCAGCCGGCAGCGCCUGCCGAGGGCACACUCUUGGCAGAAGUGCGGGCGCUUUGUGGAGAGACGGUGGCGCUUUUGAAGGGCGUGAAGGAAGAGGGCCGCUGCCAGCGGGUCAAGAUGGAGGGCAUCGCCAGCUCAGUGUCCGCGGUGGAUAAAGUGCUGGCCUAUGUGGGCGAGGUUUUCCGCAGCUCCAAGAUAGUGGAGUUCAUUGUGAAGGGCAUUGUGCCUUGGGGGAGGCAGGAGCCACCGGACAGGGCAGUGGUGGAGAAAAAUAAAUCUGAAGAUGGCAGUGCAAAGCAUAAACCUGAGGUGUGUGAUCAAGGAACCCAGGUCGAGGAGGAAGAUUCAGUUCCUGAUCAACUCCAGCAGAGUGAGAAGAGUCCAGCACAGUCUCCCGAGUCAGAGGUUGCAUCCGCAGAGGUCAAAGGUCAGAAUGCAGAGAGUGAGGGGGUUACGCCACCUCCUAGUGAAGCAGAGGACUCCAGCAAGGGCCAGCGUCGGCAGAAGGAGGUGACGCUGAAGAGCAGAGAGCCCACUAGGGUCCAGACCUUUGCUCCGGAGGUGCAGGAGGAAGUAGCCACUGCAGAGGUUCCUAAGGAUGCUGCUGUUGAGUUGAUUAAGAAGGAGAAGGUAGACACAGCAUUAACUACUGUGGCUCCCCAAGAGUUGUCAGCUCCAGAGGAAGAAAGGGCCAAAGAGCAAACAGAAAUUGCAGUGGAUCGCAAUGACAUUAUAGCAACAGUUGUUCCUCCACAACCAAGCCACGAGGAGAAACCGCAAAAGUUUGAUGAGGUUGAAUUAACAACUCAGUCAAAGCAGCAGGAAGCUACUUCCCAAGAGAAGCCAAAGCCCCUGCCAGAAGACAGUAGAGCCAAGACGGAUAAACCAAGCACCAAGGUAAAGGAGGCAGGGUCCACACCAACUGUUCCCAAAUCAGAUUUAGUCCAGGUGCAAACAGAAACUGCAGACACGGUCCAAGACAAGCCCACGUCGGCUACAGUGUCAGAAACUGUUGAAGACAGCACAAAAGCUACUCCUCCGCCAACGCCUGGGACUCGGAAAAACUCACUUUUCAAAGGUCUGGGCAAGGAUUCAGAAUCACAGCUAGUGGUUAUAGAUGACUGUCCUCCUCAGCCUGCUCCCUUUGAGCAUCGUAUUGUAAGUGCCAAGCAAGUACCCAUGGGCUCCUACUACAGCGUCAAACCCAAUGAGAUCCUGGGUGGCGGUCGCUUUGGCCAGGUCCACAGGUGUGCAGAACUGUCAUCAGGACUGACCCUCGCAGCCAAGAUCAUCAAAGUGAGGGGGAUGAAGGAGAGGGAUGAGGUGAAGAAUGAGAUCGGAGUCAUGAAUCAGUUGAACCAUGUCAAUCUAAUUCAGCUGUAUGAUGCCUUUGAGUCACGAUCAAACCUCACUCUCAUAAUGGAAUAUGUGGAUGGAGGCGAGCUGUUCAACCGCAUUGUUGAUGACAACUACCUGUUGACAGAGCUGGAUGCAAUUGUUUUCACCAGGCAGAUUUGUGAAGGAGUACAGUACCUUCAUCAACAGUACAUUCUCCAUUUAGACCUUAAGCCAGAAAAUAUUCUCUGUGUGAGCAACACAGGAAACCAGAUCAAGAUCAUUGACUUUGGCCUGGCCAGGAAAUAUAGGCCCCGGGAGAAACUGAAGGUCAACUUUGGCACCCCUGAGUUCUUGGCACCCGAAGUGGUCAACUACGACUUUGUCUCCUUCCCCACAGACAUGUGGAGUGUUGGAGUCAUCACUUACAUGCUCUUGAGCGGCCUUUCUCCGUUCAUGGGAGACAACGACACAGAGACCAUGAACAACAUCCUGCAUGCAAACUGGGACUUUGAUGCCGAGGCAUUUGAGAACGUGUCAGAAGAGGCAAAGGAUUUCGUCUCCAAGCUGCUCAUUCCUGCCAAAUGUGGUCGCCUCAGUGCCUCAGGUUGCAUGAAGCACCCCUGGCUGAAUAACCUGGAGGAGAAGGCCAAGAAGCAAUGUGUCCGCCUCAAGUCUCAGCUCCAUCUGCAGCGAUACCUGGCUGCUCAUCGGCAAUGGAAGAAACACUUCUAUGUGGUUGCAGCUGCCAACCGACUCAAGAAGUUUUACCAGGACCGAACGACAAACCCGGCAUAGCAUCGGCCCUGCCACGUGUGUCCCUGAGAUGAGAUGUCACCGAGGAAACGGGACCACACAGCCUCAGCAGGUCUGCCUGGAGGAGGGCUGACGACUGUUUGCUUUUCUGUGUGAAAUCUGGACAGACCAGGCAGACCGCCCAGCACCGAGGCCGCGGCGUGCAGCAAGCACGAGAGGAUACUGACUGUAAUGUGUAAUUAAUAUUUCUAUCACUUUUUUUACUGUACAGUUCACUGAUUUGCAGGGUGGUAACACUGUGCCUGGGGGGUCAGAUGAUUUGAAUAUAAGGUGCAUUACGUGUUCAUUUUAUAGUGCUACUUUAGUCCUCAUAUGACUCAACCAUGUGGUCAGCUGAGUGGGUGGGCAUGAGAGAAGAACUCUCUGUUCGUCCACUCAUGUACCAUGUUUGGAAUGCUGUGCAAUGUUUACCUCACGUAUCUGUCUUUCCACACUACUGUUGAUGUAUGGUGGGCGGCACGAUACAGUUUGCUGGUGGCAGUUUGUGGGUGAACAAUUUCUCCUUCUGUGAAGGUUUCCUACUUUUCUAGGCUAUGGGUAAUUACAAGGCACUUGCAGAUUUGUCCCUUAACGGCAUUCAUGCAUUAUAAUACAAAAAGGCCUUUUGAGUUAUUUCACCUUCAGAUAGAGAAGGCUAUUUAUAUCAAACUAAGUUAUUCAGGAAUUCUAUGCACACAUUGUAAAUGCAUUAAAUAUUUGAAACAAUUUGGUUAAAACAUGCACACCUCUUUCUGUAGGUUGUGUACAAAAGUGAAUUGGUAUAUAUCUGUAUUAUUUUGAAAAGAUACAUUCUCACAAACUUUAAUGUGUUCUGCAGAGGUUUUCUUUUCCUUUGUAACUUUUACUAGAAAUGUUAUUACAGCAGGUGCAACUGAAGUUUGUCCCUUUUUAGAGGCCAAUUAAACAUUACAUGAAAGAACAUCUGGGAAAAUC